GUACCCAGCUUACUCUUUCCAGUCCCGCAAUUCACCUGCCCCACACUACCGAUUCGGCUUUGCCUGGAGGCGGAAGUGAGUGGGAGGGGCAGGUUCACGGGCCGCCCCGGAAGUGGGCGGAGCACCAGCAGCCCUACAUUUGUCGCGUCGCCUCCCAGUCGGGUUGCGGCUGAGGCCGGUCCUGGCUUUGUAGCUCGCUCAAGAUGGCGUCGCAGCCACCCAGCGGGAUCCGCCUCAGCGCGCUUUGCCCAAAGUUUUUACAUACAAAUUCUACCAGUCACACUUGGCCAUUCAGUGCAGUUGCUGAAUUAAUAGAUAAUGCUUACGAUCCUGAUGUGAAUGCUAAACAGAUAUGGAUUGACAAAACAGUGAUAAAUGACCAUAUAUGCUUGACAUUCACUGAUAAUGGGAAUGGUAUGACUUCAGAUAAAUUACAUAAAAUGCUAAGCUUUGGCUUCAGUGACAAAGUCACCAUGAAUGGUCAUGUCCCGGUUGGAUUAUAUGGGAAUGGCUUCAAGUCAGGCUCUAUGCGUUUGGGUAAAGAUGCAAUUGUUUUUACCAAAAAUGGAGAAAGCAUGAGUGUGGGCUUCUUGUCUCAGACCUACUUGGAAGUCAUAGAAGCUGAGCAUGUUGUUGUCCCAAUAGUGGCAUUCAACAAGCACCGACAGAUGAUCAAUUUAACAGAAUCAAAAGCCAGCCUUGCUGCAAUUCUGGAACAUUCUCUGUUUUCUACGGAACAGAAGUUGCUGGCAGAACUCGAUGCUAUUAUGGGUAAGAAGGGGACGAGGAUCAUCAUUUGGAAUCUAAGAAGCUACAAAAAUGCAACAGAGUUUGAUUUUGAAAAGGAUAAAUAUGACAUCAGAAUUCCUGAAGAUUUAGAUGAGACAACUGGGAAAAAAGGGUAUAAGAAGCAAGAAAGGAUGGACCAAAUUGCCCCUGAAAGUGACUACUCUCUAAGGGCUUACUGCAGUAUAUUAUAUCUAAAGCCAAGAAUGCAGAUCAUCUUACGUGGACAGAAAGUGAAGACACAACUAGUUUCGAAGAGUCUUGCUUACAUUGAACGUGAUGUCUAUCGACCCAAGUUUUUAACUAAAACAGUGAGAAUUACUUUUGGAUUCAACUGCAGAAAUAAAGAUCAUUAUGGGAUAAUGAUGUAUCACAAAAAUAGACUCAUCAAAGCUUAUGAAAAAGUUGGAUGUCAGUUAAGGGCAAACAAUAUGGGUGUUGGAGUAGUUGGAAUUAUAGAGUGUAAUUUCCUUAAACCGACACAUAAUAAACAAGAUUUCGACUAUACUAAUGAGUACAGGCUUACAAUAGCAGCACUAGGAGAAAAACUGAAUGAUUAUUGGAAUGAAAUGAAAGUGAAGAAGAAUGCAGAGUAUCCUCUAAGUUUGCCAGUUGAAGAUAUACAGAAACGUCCUGAUCAGACAUGGGUUCAAUGUGAUUCCUGUCUAAAGUGGCGAAAAUUACCUGAUGGGAUAGAUCAGCUUCCAGAAAAAUGGUAUUGCUCCAAUAACCCUGACCCACAGUUCAGAAAUUGUGAGGUUCCAGAAGAACCUGAAGAUGAGGAUCUGGUGCAUCCCACUUACGAAAAAACCUACAAAAAGACCAACAGAGAAAAAUUAAGGAUCAGACAACCAGAAGUGAUCCCUCGGAUUAAUACUGAACUAUUGUUUCGGACAAACCCUGUUUCGAUUCCAAGCUUUUGUCCUGCAAAACAAAGUGUUCCAAGAGGACAUCUUUCAGAAGCGACAAAUUCUUACACAACAAGAAUUCUAAAUAAUCAUCGAGUUUCACCCCAGUCUGAGCCUGAAAGCAACAGCCUGAAACGGAGACUUUCUACUCGUUCCUCAAUUUUGAAUUUAAAGCAUCGGAGAUUGAGUAAUCAAGCAUUUGAAAAUUCAAUUUAUAAAGAUGAGGACAAUGAUGAAGAUGUCAUUAUCUUAGAAGAAAACAGUACCCCUAAACCUGCAGUAGAUCAUAAUAUUGAAGUGAAAUCAGAACAGAGUCACAUUGAACAAAGUGGUGUUCAAGUUGAGCUUGUGGAUGAUAAUGAGCCUUGUGGCCAGACUAGUUCAACAAACACCUCGACAUCCAGGUGUGAUCAGGGAAAUACUGCAGCCACCCAGACUGAAGCACCAAAUUUAGUUGUUAAAAAGGAAGAAACUAUUGAAGAUGAGAUCGAUUUAAGAAAUGAUACGGCAAUACUGCCCUCCUGUGUAGAAGCCGAAGCAAAAACACAGGAAACCCAGGAAACCUUUGAUAAAUCUGUAGAUGAUGCUGGCUGCCAAUUAAAAGAACUGAGAAGUGAACUAUUUGUAGUAACCCAAGAAAAAGAAAAUUAUAAAAGACAGUGUCAUAUGUUUACUGACCAAAUCAAAGUGUUACAACAGAGGAUACUGGAAAUGAAUGACAAAUAUGUGAAGAAGGAAACUUGCAAUCAGUCUACUGAAACUGAUACUGUAUUUUUACUUGAAAGUAUUAAUGGCAAAUUGGAAAGUCCAGACCAUAUGAUAUCUCAGUAUCAACAAGCAUUAGAAGAAAUAGAAAGGCUGAAAAAACAAUGUAGUACUUUGCAACAUGUAAAGGCUGAAUGCAGUCAGUGUUCCAGUAGUGGAAAUAAAAGUGAAAUGGAUGAAAUGGCUGUGCAGCUUGAUGAUGUAUUUAGACAGCUGGACAAAUGCAGUAUUGAGAGGGACCAGUAUAAAAGUGAGGUUGAAUUACUGGAAAUGGAAAAAUCACAAAUCCGUUCACAGUGUGAAGAACUCAAAACUGAAAUUGAACAGUUAAAAUCUACAAGUCAACAGAUAGCAACAGAUGUUUCAACUUCAAGUAACAUUGAGGAAUCUGUAAAUUAUAUGGAUGAGGAAAGCUUGAAACUUCGAUCUCUUCGAGUUAAUGUAGGACAGCUGCUGGCUAUGAUUGUGCCUGAUCUUGAUCUUCAGCAAGUGAAUUAUGAUGUUGAUGUAGUUGAUGAAAUUUUAGGACAAGUUGUCGAACAAAUGAGCGAAAUCAGUAGUACUUAAAGUACAUAUUAUGUAAAAUUAAAAAAUAUUUGUUCAGCUAUUUUGGUUGUAUAGCUUUGAAAAUACAAACAAUUUUGUUUUAUAGAUAUGAUAGGUAAGAGACUGAAGAACCAUAAUCUUUACUGUAUUCUAUGCAUUCAAGUGUGGUCACAAAGAUUGUGGACACAUUAUCAUACCUUUUGAAAUACCUGUAAAUUGUUGGUAUUGAGCAGCUGAUCCUGUUUUGAAUGUAAAUAUUUGUAAUUAAGUCUGCACAUAUUUUUUUAUUGCCCUAGAGUUCUUAAGUGUUUUUCACCAAGAGCUUUUCAGGUUGCCCCUGACCUUUGUGCAAUUUUUUCUGGUACUCUAAAGUGUAUUUUUCUCUUAAAUUGAGGGCUGUACAGUAAUACAAAUGGAAAUGUUACUUUUGAUUUUCUUAUAAAGGAGCUUAAGUAGGGUUUUUAAAUAAUGAAGUAGCAUUUCUGAUAAGGCUCUGGUUAUAAGUGAAUUGAGCAUUAAUUUUUUUCUAUAAAUUCAUAUCCUGAAACAUUUUAAUCAUGAACAUAAUGUAAGCAAAAACCAACUCCAUUUGACAGGAUUUUCUUGUGCUGAGAUUGCCAAUCAUGGUUAAACACAGUGUUUAUGUAUAGAACGAAGAAAUGAUCUUUAAUAGAAAAAAGUAUUGCUAAUAUUAAAUGACCACCAAACUUACUUUGAAGCCCAUUUUUGGCUGUUUAGUCAGCAUGAAGUGGGCAUGAUAAUUAAUAUUUCUUUUUGUGAAAUUUUCUGUACAGCCUUUUGUAGGAUUACUACAGGUUAAUGUGAGUUGAGGAAGAAAAUCUUUCUUGAACUAUGCUACAUAUCUUUUAUUAUAUUACAUACCUAAGUAUUUUAUAUCCUGGAGUUAAGGAACAAACUUCCCUAGGAUUAUAGUAUUACAUGCCAUAAAAUAUGCUUUAUUGGUCCCAUGUUUUGUGCAAUUUUAAGAGAUGGCUUUCUAUUAAGUAUGACUUUGUAUAUAUAAUUAAAAAUCAUAUUUUCCAUAACUAAAAUGUGCAUUAUUUUUUCCAAAGUUUAUCAUUGUUAUUUAUUUUUACUUUUGUUUUAGAACAUUUAAUACAUGUUCAUUUUGUAUGUAUGCUUAGUUAUAUGUCUGUCAUAUACAAUACUAAAUUUGUACUGUACAUAAACUUCUGAAAAGAGCAAAUAAAUGAAGAUUGUUUUUAUUUGCUUGAUAAAGUAAUUGAAAGUGUAUUUUUGGUAUGAAGCUGGUUUUCUGUCACAAUUGUAAUUGCCCAGAUUUUAAAAUAUCUUGUAAUAAAAUAAAAAUAUAUGAUGGCUAA